UGCGGAAGUGAAAAAACACAUUCAACAACGGCUGAAAAUGUAAUUAACUAAUUGAUAUUUAUAUGCCAUGUAGUAUUUUAGUGUUUUACGGUGUCCCUAAAACAUUUUGACUCUAACAGGCUAACGUUUCAACACCCUAACAAACUGGCAAAAUUAUUUGAACUACAAAUGGCGACAACCAAAGCUGCCGGGUCUCAUGAUUCUUUCACCUAUUGGGUGGAUGUGCAUGCUCCUGUGGGACCCGACCAGAAGGCAUACGUGAAAUACCUCGCCACCAUGUUCAGCGUCAUAGCUAAGAAAGUCAUGGUGAAGUGGUCCAUGACCCAGAAUCUGACAUUUAAAGAGCAGCUGGAUGCAGGAAUUCGCUACUUUGAUCUCAGGGUCUCCUCCAAACCGGGCGAGGCAGGGAAUGAGAUCUACUUCAUCCACGGCCUGUUUGGCCACAAGGUGUGCGAUGGCUUGUUAGAAAUUAACUCCUUCUUGAGCAGGCACAGGAAAGAGGUAGUGUUUCUAGACUUCAACCACUACUACGCAAUGGGCCCAGAGCAUCAUGUGUACCUCAUCAACAUGCUCCAGGAAGUGUUUGGCAGCAAGCUGUGUCACAACUGUGCAGUGGAGAGCAUCACUCUGGACUACCUCUGGCAGAAGAAACAUCAGGUGAUUGUGUUCUACCAUCAUCCAUCAGCUCAGGGCAUCCCUGUCAUGUGGCCUGGCAACAAGAUCCCUGCUCCCUGGGCGAACACCACCGAACCCGACAAACUCACACAGUUCCUGGAAACUACGCUGAAAGAAAGGGCCAAGCAGGGCUCCUUCCAUGUGUCUCAGGCCAUACUCACACCCAGGGUUAACACCGUGGCCAAGGGCCUGGUCUGGGGGCUGCGCAACUACCUGGUGGAGAAAAACCUGCCAACCAUCAUUUCCUGGGUUGAGGCUCAGAGGCCGGGGGUGGACGGGGUAAACAUCAUCACCUCUGACUUUGUGGAGCUCACUGACUUUGCCAACAUAGUCAUCAAACUCAACAACCUGCUGUUGUCUGAACAGGGCCGCAAACCAAGAUGACAUAUGUUUGCACAACAGGACAAAUGUGCGCUGACCCACAGAGUGGUGGAGGUCGCAGGUCAGAGGUCAGAUUCCUCCACCAUUGUUGGAUAAUACUUACAUAAUGCUAUGAAAUAACUUUAAAUAAUAAUGUAUUAUUUUGCUUUGUGACUUUAAUAAGAAUUUUUUUCAUCAGCUAGAAAAUGGCUCUUUCUUUAGCUGACCAAGUUUCUUCGUCUUGCUCAAGGACACACAUAGAUAGAUACUGUGUGAUCCAGGGACCCUUGAAUGGCCCUUGAAUGACAUAAAACCUUUGAACUUUUUGGAAUUUUGAACGUCACUGCUUUGGAUGCAGCCGACUCUCUCAGCCCCCAAUAUCAUGCACACAAAGUCCAAAAGAGGGAAAGAAGCUGGUGCUCAGAUCACAGAGCAUGCCCAGUGGCAUUUUUACCAUCAUCCUGUCAUACCACAGCUCUGGCUUCAUGUCUGGAUUAAUCUUCCUGCGUUUCCUUUUGGGUUAAAUAAUGGAAAUAUACCACACUGGUACUAUCAAAUGGCGGAGCAGCAAGGUCACCAUGACGAAAGAGACUCACAGGAAGCUGUGACCUGGACAAGGAUCGUAUGACUCAGAGAUAUCACUUAUACAGUUCCAAGAUCUUAAACAUUACAAUAGCUGUCAUUCUUUAAAAUGUUCCGACCACAUCACAGAUUCGUUUUUGCCAAGGGGGAAGCCCUAAUCCGAUAUUACAUGAUUAUUUAGAUUUUUUUUGUAUGUAUAGAUAUUUAAGUUAUGACUGCAUCAAAACUUCAGGUAUUUUAACCCUUUGAAACCUGAGCAAAUGGGCUUGAUUUCUUUCAAAAAUAUGGGAAGAAGGCAAUGAGCAAUGAAAAAAGAACAAGGACAUGACCUUAAAAACUGCUUAAAUUAUUAUAAUAAUUCUGUACCAUACUUUUAAGUAUGUAAUAAUAAUAAUUCUAAAUAUAAUUUUUCCCCAUUUUUUUUAAAAAAAAAAUCUAAAUCUAUUAUUUUUUUGCAAUUUAUGGGACACUUCUUACUAAGUUGCUUAUUGCUUUUUUCCCCAUGUUUUUGAGAAUAAUUUACCAAUUAGCACAGGGUUCAAAGGCAUCUGAAAGCAGCACAAGAAAAGUAAUGUUGCUCCAGGUUUCAAAGGGUUUAUAAAAUGCAGUAAGGACAAACAUUUUGUUUACAGGCUACUAAUACAUCCAACAUUAUGUUAAAAAAUUGUGAAAGAAAAUGCCCGACAUCAUGGCAGUGGAGUCUUUUUUACAUAGCAUCAGUAAUUGUAAACACUUGGCCAGAGAGCUGUAGCUGAGUUUUUAACGACGCACUUGGUGUUUUUCGCAUAAUGAGAAGUACAGGUAGCAUGUUUUGCAUUCUUAGCAGCAUUUUAUGUUUCCAUUUUAAGCAUUGCCAUGUGUUGUGAAAACGAUGCCCACUGUGCCAACACUCCCAGUACAUAUUGUUGGGCUGUAAAGUUUAACUAGAGAUACAAACGGUGGCACCUUUAGGGGGGAACUGCAGAGGGAAAGCCAAAUAUAUGUAGAAAUUGUGCCACUAUGCUCAUAAAACAUGCAAACCCAUAUAUAUGCACAGCUAUAAAUGUUUGUUUGUCAGUAUCUUUUUUCCAUGUCAUUGUUUUACUAGACAUGCAGAAAUAGAAACAAUUUCCUGGCUGGGACUGUAAAAGUAUGUAGGGGAAAUGCAUAGACAGGCAUUUACAGUAUAUCAUGUCCAGCAUGUGUCACGUCUGUGUUGGGCUCCAUAAAACAAGGCUUAUAUACAUGUAGAAAUAGCAAGGAAAGAAAAAUGCCAACGUACUGUAGUCUGAAAUGUUUUGUGUUUGUUGCUGUGUUUGUGUGUGUGCCUUGUGGGCCCAGUGAUUACUAUGCAUGACGUGGACAGUACUGCAGUGACAGUCACCCAGCAUUCCUGUGGUCAGAGUAGGGAAUGAGAGGAGGAGAAGGAGGAUUUCAGAAGAAGACGCAAGUGAUUUAUAAAGCAGAGGCAGUUAGAAAGAAAGUAGAAGGAGAAGAAAGUAAGAGGAAGUUCAGCUGGGAUCAUAAAAAAAUGGAGGAUGCAGAGAGAGAAAUCUGAACAGCUGUGUGUUUCUCUUCAGCAGCAGCAGCAUCGUCUAACAGGAAAGUAAAAUGUUUUCUUUUCGUAUCAACUCUGCCCGUCUUUUUUCACUCCCUGACUCACUUGUGUGAAAUUGGCUCUUCUGUCCAGGCCACAUUGUUGACAUGGCUGAGCGUGGUCACCAAGUGCUGCGAGGCUCACGCACACACAGACACACAGUCACAAGCACAGGCACUUUAAUUGUGGAGUAAUUACACAUACCACGGCAGGCAAGUGGGAGAGCGGAGUGCAGCAGCUCCGGCUGAUGGAGAGCAUUCCUUUGUUGUUUGGAUUGGUCCUCUCUCUCUCUCUCUUUCUCAGUCCUCUGUAUCCCUGCUGGCUUCCCAGGUUUCAAAGGAGAAGACAGCAACUCAAGCAUGUACUUCCAGGUGUUAAUAAAGUCCUAAAGUCAUAACAC